AUGAAAAUUUGUGUGUUAAUAUUCCUGGCUGUUUUCUUUGGAACUAUUUGGUGUAGCUAUUUACCAAAAAAUAUUAUUUCAGUUAGACAAGGAGAAGGCAUUGGUGGAAUCUGGAAAAGUAACGUAGAAUGGAAAGCACAAUGGGUCAAAGAGUGGCACAUAAGAAAGAUAUAUGUGCCGGUGUGGCGAAAAAUAUGGACGCCUGUGGACGUCAGAGAAUGGAUCCCUAUCCCAAGUCCACCACCGCCACAUUAGACAGAGUUGCUCCAAGUCUCAACAUACUGGGCAGUAUUACUGUAUACAAUUGUACGUUGUAUGCCCUCCUGUCAACUCUGAACA